AUGGGUACUGAGGGCGUGAGAAUGGUCACCGUCCAACUGCUCAUCACUGAUUUGGAGAAGCUCAUUGGACUCAAGUCAGAAGGGGACGUUGUAAAUGCAUCCUCAUUAUAUCUCACUCACCCUGUCCAUGUUGCCUACCAGACGGUGCAUCCAACCGAUUGUUACCUCAACGAACUCACAAAAACCCGUCAGGACGGAACUUCCUCCAGCCGUGUCGACAGGGCCUAUUUCUGGGGACCGCCGAACGAUGACCUUCACCCAGGCGAUUCAACCAAUAUAUUUGCCGCGCUGGAGUACAAGAAGUCUGGGGCAAUUAACAGGGCUCAAUUCAGAAGAGGAAGAGUGACUGGCUAUAACGCGUUUGACGAUGCUCAACAAAAUUCCCGCUAUGUUGAUCGGAACGAGGAAGAUAACGUCAUGGUGCUCCUAAAGCAGGCAGUCCACUAUGUGUGGAGAUAUGAAACACCAUUCGUUGCUCUAUGCGACUACAAAACUUUGAUCCUACUAUAUAUGCCGAAACAAGAGACUAACAGUGGCGGACCGUACACCUAUAUGACCAUAGUACAAGGGGAGACGAAAGACAUGCGAAAAGCCACCCCUCGCAAAUGCCCACGCAACGUCGAGGCAGAGCUCCACGUCUAUGGCUUCGAGAGCCAACUCAGUCUCAGCAAGGAGCUCGAGCACCUCCUCCACAGCGAGCUCUAUCUCCACGGCCAGCGGGACACCCGGUCCGAGGAAGCCAACUCAGAACACUGCGCAUGCUGCCAGGGCUACGACGACCGCUACUCACCCUCCCAAUGGUACAGCCACGAAGACUGCGACGACCGCUACUCACCCUCCUAA